GAUCAAUCUCGGCUGCUUUUAUGUGUGUGUAGUUCGUCCUGAAAUUUUGCGGGUGUAGUGUUGUACCUACGUUGUGAUACUUUCGAUAGAUAUUUGCCAGAGUGUGGUGAUUAUUUGCUUCGGCUGUACGAUCGGGCGCACGAAAUCAAAUUUCGUGCGAAAGGUAUUCAAGGGUGUGCUGAGAUCGAAACAUUUAUCAAGAUGACGAUCAUCACAAAAGCCAUUACCGAGAAGAAGGAACUACCGUUGUUUAUCGAAGAGAAUACAGCGGAAAAUGGUAAACGGGAUGCUGAGGCACAAUGCUUGAAGUCUGACGUGGGAGGCCAUUAUUUUGUUUCCCGGAGGAGCAUAUAUCGCAUUCACGUGACUGCAACGUUUUUACUGUUCCUCGUUGCACUGAUGAUCCUCAUAAUUGGAGUCAUUGGUGGAUUAUACAUAUACAGGCAAUAUGCUAGAACGCAGAUGCACAGAUUUAAAACUGGAUGGUACAGCAUUCCCUAUGACAAGUCGAGCAAAACUGCAUACGCCAAGGACGCGGUGCAUCAAGGCUUGGUGGCGGAUUCUGAUUUGAUUAUACAAGGUUUGAGAAGAGCUACAGAACAAGAAGCUAUGGAUAUUAUGAAAAAUGUUGACUCUGGUUUAAUUGUAAAAGGUUUGAGGAGAGCUACAGAACAGGAAGCUGAUAUUGCAAAGAAUGUUGAUAAUAUGAAAAGCUUCUUCAAGGAACGAUUCGAGAUUGACUUGGAGAAUGAACAGUAUGAGAAAAUUGAUGUGCCAGAUUUUCGUGGUGGGCGCCAAGGUCGAUUUAUACAUGAUUUUAACAUUAAUAAAACUGGUAUCAUUGAUAUUGAUGGGCAAUGUUGUUUCGUGAUGCCACUUGAUCGUCAAACAGUCUUACCACCACGUAACAUGUAUGAUCUCCUCAAAAAAAUGUAUAAUGGUUAUUAUGAGGUAAAUACAGAAAUUGUGCGUGAAACAAUGAAAGUAGUUACACCGCCAAUUACUGAUUUAUCAGUCAUUGGGACAUAUAUAGCUCGUGAAUGUCAAGAUUUACCAACAUACAUGUUGACAAAAGUAAAUUCAAAUGUCGUUAAACGUAGCAUAUCAAAUGGAGUGUUCGGACAAUUUGCAGGAAAAAAUAUUAUAGAAUUUGACAUUUUAAAUUUAGAAGAUGUAGAUGCAUAUAACAAGAAAAGUCCACAGAAUUGAACAAAAGGAAUUUAUAAUUAUUUUAGAAUAUUUACCACUGUAGAUCAAUGUAAAAAUUAUAUCCAAUCCAGCAAACUUAGGUAAUUUCUUUGUAAAUUGCUGCAAAUCGUAUCGCUAUUAACUUCUCCUAUUUUAGAUCCAUUAAGGACUACUUAUUUUUAAAUAUACAUUCACUUUCAGGACGUUCAUUAAGUCUUCCCAUCAUUUCCUAUCUUAGCUCCGAAUCAGUAAUGCUAUAAUAAAAAUAUGAUAUAUUAGUUACUGUACGUCUAUUUAAUAUUUCACGAGAGUUUAAUUCAAUAGCAAACUGAUUAUAAAUGGCAGAUGUGAUUCAGAAUUACUGCAUUUUUACAUAAACCUGUAUCAAGUGUAUGUUCAAAUUAAGUGAUAGCGAAUUGUCAAUCGUGUUUAUUUGUAAAGUAGAAUUUCAUUUAUUUACUUUUCAUGCUUAAAUUCUUCGUCAAAGUUCUAUUGAAAUGUUAGAUGUUAUAAUUCAUGUUAAAAUGGUUGUACACGGUCGUGCAAACGAAUGGCUAAUAAUUGUAUAAAGUUAUUAGCAUGAUAUUUUAAAAAUCGUACAUUGAGUCGAUAAAUCAUGGAUUAAAAUGUUUUUAUCAAAAACGAACAACACUUUCAACCGUUAUUGUAACAAUUAUAUAGUUUAAAAACUAAUUAAAGUACGUUUAAACAAUAUUUGUUUUUUUAUUAGGUGAUAAUAGAUGUGUUAUAGAAACACACGAUCUAUUGAAAAAAAAUUAACAAUAAAAUAUGUAUUAAGAAUAAUAAAUCAUGAAUAAUAAAGUUACUGUGACCAGA